CGUGCGACGCUUCUGCAAACGAAAGUGCGACUUUGGAUGCUCAAUGUAGCCAGCGAUGGGAAGUACCGCUUUUGUGUUCGCUAACAUAAGCUAUGGCCGGAGAAGGAGAAUCGCGUCAGCCGCCGCCGGCGGAGGCGGAGGCGCAGCUUUUUGGGCUACUAUCUACUCUCCUUGAGCAGGUUGAAUCAUUAACCAAUCAGGAAGAAGUCGAGCUGCGCGCCAAGAUCGAAACUCUGGGUAUGGAAGUCAGGAAGCUCCCUUCCACUUCUGCUAAGCAUCUCAAUGAGAUGGAAAUAGCCAAGGAGUUGGACAAACUAUCAGACAAGCUCGAUGAUGUGGACGAGUUGAUAUCCUCAACCAUGGCCGAAGAUCCACAGGUCAGAACCCUCUUAAGCUCCACCGCAGAUGUCUGGCUGCCAGUUAUUACAGCAACAUCCGAUGAAAGACGCAAUUUCACACCAGUGGUUGAUAAAGGCAGCCACGAAAGCAACGGCCAAGCCUCCGACUAGGAGUCAUUCCAAUAUCCGAGUGUUCAUUUCUUACAUUUGUAAAAAAGAAAUGCUUUAGUAGCACAUAAUUUGCAAUAAUGUGGUUCCAUUUAAACAUGUUA